UUUGUGUUGUGAGGAAGUGGACGCGGAAGCGCGGUGGGUGGGGGAGCAAGAUGGGAUGUGAUGGUGGUACCAUCCCCAAGCGCCAUGAGCUGGUCAAGGGACCCCGCAAAGUCGAGAAGGCUGACAAAAAUGCUGAAUUGGUGGCAAAAUGGCACUACUGUGCUCUGAGUCAGGAGAAGUUGCGUCGCCCAAUUGUGGCCUGUGAGCUGGGCAGGUUGUAUAAUAAAGAUGCCAUCAUUGAAUUUUUGUUGGAUAAGUCAGCUGAUAAAACUCCCAUGACAGCUGCAUCACAUAUCAAGAGCAUCAAGAAUGUAACAGAACUAAAGCUUGCAGAUAAUCCAGCUUGGAGUGGUGAUAAAGAGAGUAUAAAAGGUGACAAAUAUGAUGACAUGCAGUCUGCACGAUUUAUAUGCCCAGUGGUGGGACUGGAAAUGAAUGGAAGACAUAGGUUUUGCUUCUUGAGAAACUGUGGCUGUGUGUUCUCUGAACGUGCUCUCAAAGAAAUUAAAUCAGAAGUUUGUCAUAAGUGUGGUGUUCCCUUUCAAGAGGAAGAUGUGAUUAUCCUUAAUGGCAAUAAAGAAGAUGUGGAAGUAUUGAAGAAAAGAAUGGAGGAUAGAAGACUUAAAAGUAAAUUAGAAAAGAAAUCAAAGAAAUCCAAGUCAGCAGAGUCGGCUUCUCAGCAAGGUACCGCUGAAGAUUCUCCAGGUCCGUCAAAGGUUAAGGAUGGAAAGGACUGUAUCAGUUCCAGUUCUGGGGAAAAGAGGCAGGUUACCCCCACCAAAAGCUCAGGUAAUGGAAAUUCAUCUGUCCCAGGAAAAGUCAAUAAGGCUUCUGCUACUACUAUGAAGAGAUCCAUUGCAGACAGUGAGAAGUCUGAGGCAUACAAAUCUAUUUUUACGUCGCACAGCUCAGCGAAACGUUCAAAGGAAGAGUGUUCCAAUUGGGUUACUCACACAGCAUACUGCUUCUGAAAUAAUGAUGAGCCUGAAUGUAACAUUCAUUACUGCUUUUCUUCCCUAAGGCUUUUUCUAUAACUGAUACAGAACUUUUGUUGUAAUCUGAUGCUAUCUGGGAUUAUGCAGUUUGUAAACUGUUUAUAAAUUUAUGGAUAACUAACAAACUUGCAUUAGUUGCAGCUUCUAUUAAAUAAGAAAUAGAUCAUCAGAACGCAUGCUGUAUCAGCAGACCUGAUUUUAAGGUGGAUUAUCUGCACAUAAAUUUUUCUUCUCCCAGUUCAACACUGUCAUUCUUACUCACAGUAGCUAGUGUCCUCAGUAACAGUGAGGGGACGAGGAUCUGCCUACUGUACUCUUCUGUUAUCAUAGAAUCAAGAAAUGAUUGGGGUUGGAAGGGACCUUAAAGAUCAUCCUGUGCCAACUGCCUGCCAUGGGCAGCAACAUCUUUGUCUGCAGAUCAGGUUGCUCAAAGCCCCAUCCAGCUAGGCCUUUAAUAGCUUCUUCGGGCAACCUGUUCCUUGCCACCCUCACAGGAAACAAUUCCUGCCUCAUAUUUGACAUUUGCUGCAACUAUAAUUAUAGUUUUCAAUGUAUUAGUACAGAAAUCCACAUUUUUUUGAAUUUUCUGACAGCUAACUAGGUAGAGCUAGUAUGUUUCUUAAAGGUUCUGUAAGUAUUUUCAAGUAAUUUGCCUUUUGAUGGAGCACAUGAAUGGAUAAUAAUGAAACUGUUUGUACAGCAUUCUUCUUGUACAUGUUGUUGUAGGCUGUUUUUAAUAACCAAGUAUUCCCUUGUAAAUCGUUAUCUAUAAAGAUGAGCCUGCGAUAGCUUUCUGGGGUUUCCCCAGAAAGGUUUUGAGGGUUUUCUUUUUGGGUGUAUGUUUUAAAGUUAGAAUUACCAGGUGUGAGCUUUCUUUUUUCAGAGGAUCAGAAUACAAUGGAACAAACUUACGAGUUUCCUUAUUUUUCUGCUGAAACAGUAAGGUUCUGUGUAACUCUGAGGAGCAAUUUGCCAUUUUGAAUUUGGCAGCUUACAUGAAAAUACAAGCAUUUGCACAGGGUGAGAGAGAAAUGAGUGGUGACAGAACAGGAACAGGCAGAUCUUAACUGGCUUUUUAGGGAGGAACAAGUGGGCACCAGUGUCAGGGGAAUCAAAUCCACUGGUGACUGAUGGAGGGAACUGUGCCAGGCUGGAUUAGCUUUUGCAAACGUUUCUCUUGCACUUUGCGGGCAACUGAAAUGUGCUGCUUUCACAUCUGCAGCAUACGUUUCUUAACAUAAAACUCUUACCAGGAAGCAACGACUGCUUGUUACAGGAAGAUGCUAGGUGUAGUACUCACUCAGUUUUGCUUUUAUAUUUAUACUUUUGUUCCCUGUGAUGUUGAUUUAAAUGAAACUUGCUCUUGUUGUGUGA